AUGCCCUAUUCACACCAUUCACAUUCAGGGAGUUAUUGUAAACACGCACAUGAUACCUUGGAAUCGGUAGUAUCAACAGCAAUAGAUAAGAGAUUCAAUACAUAUUGUUUGACUGAACAUGCACCACGAUUGUCCAAUAAACUGCUCUAUCCAGAGGAGGAGGAAUUGGGGAUGACCGUAUCUUCAUUAUUUGAGCAGUUUGAUUCAUUUGUGAAGCAUGCAAGGGAUAUUCAGCACCGUGUGAAUGAAGAUUGUAGUAGCAAAACUAAAAUUUUGGUUGGAUAUGAGAGUGAAGGUGGAAUUGAUAGCGAACAUCUUGAGAUGUGUUUGAAACUUCAAAAAGAUAUGGAUGCUGAUGUUACAGUUGGGAGUGUUCAUCAUGUCAAUGGCAUAGACAUAGAUUUUGAUCAAAAAAGUUGGGAUAAUGCAUAUGAAGAAUAUGGUGGGCUAAGAGGAUUAUACCUUGAAUAUUAUAAUUUGGUGUAUAGAAUGAUUGAAACACUAAAACCUUCUGUGAUUGCACAUUUUGAUUUAAUUAGAUUAUUUGCAAACACUGAGAUUGAAAAGGGUGGGAGACUGGUGAAAAUAACUUAUGAGGAGAAAUUGAAUGUUGAUAUAAAGAGGGAUUGGCCAGAUGUCUGGAGAAUAAUUAGUAAUUGCAUUGAUUUGAUAAUAAAAAACAACCUCACUGUUGAACUGAACUCAGCAGCAAUUAGAAAAGGAUGGACGACGCCUUAUCCAAAAGAUGAUAUUCUAAAGGAGAUGAUUUCAAAGAAUGUAAAGUUUGUUAUGAGUGACGAUUCGCAUGGCAAUGAUCAAGUUGGAUUAAAUUUUCAGUAUGUUUUAGAAUAUAUCAGAGAAAUGGGUAUCCGUACUAUUUGGUAUUAUGAUUUGGAAGAGGUGGGGAAUCCGGACGUGAGAAAUGGAAUUGGUAAGGUUGUCCUCAAAAAUGUUAAAUGUGAAGAAUUGAUUGAGAAUGAAUUCUGGAGAACUAAUUACCCUUCAAUUUGUUUAGAAAAAUAG